UAUCUCAAAUAUAUCUUUCUCCUCUCGCCAUUCUAUUCUCUUCUUUGAUUUAACAUGAGAAAGAUGCAUAUACACAAUGGAGUGUCAUUUGGGCUCUGUGUUCUUCUAUCUCUUGUCGUGAUCAUCAAUGCCGAAGACCCGUAUCGCUUUUUUACAUGGAAUGUUACAUAUGGUGACAUAUACCCUAUGGGCAUUCGUCAACAGGGAAUAUUGAUAAAUGGGCAGUUUCCAGGCCCGGAAAUAUAUUCAGUCACAAACGAUAAUCUCAUCAUCAAUGUCUUCAAUAACUUACCGGAGCCUUUUCUUAUUUCAUGGAAUGGAGUACAACAAAGACGGAAUUCGUACGUAGACGGAGUUUACGGGACUACUUGCCCGAUCCCACCGGGCCAAAACUAUACAUACAAAUUACAAGUCAAAGAUCAAAUCGGAAGCUUCUUUUAUUUCCCGUCUAUCGGGUUACAGAAAGCAGCCGGUGGAUUCGGGGCCAUCAAAAUCCUUAGCAGACCCCGAAUCCCCGUUCCCUUUCCAGACCCGGCUGAUGAUUACUCGAUUCUUAUAGGAGAUUGGUACACAACAAAUCACACGGUACUUAGAAAAAUCGCGGACCUCGGAUGGAUGCUUCCGUUUCCGGAUGGGGUUUUGAUCAACGGUCGUGGUGACGGUGGUGUAACAUAUAAUGUCGAGCAAGGUAAAACCUAUAGGCUAAGGAUAUCAAAUGUGGGUCUACGAAACUCGUUAAACUUUAGGAUCGAAGGUCACACGAUGAAAUUAGUCGAAGUCGAGGGGACCCAUACCGUACAAACGUCGUUAUCGUCACUUGAUAUUCACGUCGGGCAGUCCUAUUCUGUUCUCGUUACGGCAGAUCAACCACCACAAGAUUACUAUAUGGCCAUUUCUUCUCGUUUCGAUAGUAAGAACCUCAACACGACGGCUAUCUUCCGUUAUACUAACUCCCAAAAGGCGGUAUCGGGCACCCCUCCACCGCCUCCUGAAACCGAUAUUGUUUGGUCACUAAACCAAGCCAGAUCCAUCAGGACUAACUUAACGGCUAGUGGACCGAGGCCGAACCCUCAAGGAUCGUAUCAUUACGGACAGAUUAACAUAACAAGAACGAUUCGAAUCAGUGGAUCUGCAUCCAUAAUCGACCGAAAACAAAGAUACAAUGUUAAUAGUGUGUCAUUUGUCCCUGCUGAUACACCUCUUAAGCUAGCAGAUCACUUCAACAUUAGUGGAAUUUUCGAGGUCGGGAGUAUUCCUGACCUUCCCUCGGAUAAGGCCCCGUAUCUUGACACGUCGGUUAUGGGUGCCGAUUUUCGAGAUUUCAUUGAGAUCGUGUUCGAGAAUCAAGAGAAUAUUAUGCAAAGUUGGCAUCUUGAUGGAUACAACUUCUUUGUUGUUGGAAUGGACCAAGGGGAAUGGAGUGAGACGAGUCGAAGUAAUUACAAUCUAGUCGAUGCAGUCUCGCGAUGUACCGUGCAGGUAUACCCGAAAUCAUGGACAGCGAUAUACAUUGCACUUGACAAUGUCGGGAUGUGGAAUAUCAGAAACGAGUUUUGGGUACGACAAUAUUUAGGCGAGCAGUUCUAUCUACGAGUUUAUUCUCCGGUGAUGUCGCCACGAGACGAGUACCCAUUGCCAGAAAAUGCCCUUCUUUGUGGCCAGGCUGCUGGGAAAAGGUCAUGAUCCGUCGCAACUAGCAAUUAAAAAGACAGCUAAAAUACCAUAUUCUUUGCUACACUUGAUUUUUUGUAAACAUUUGAAGAAAAUUCACUUAAUUUACUUUCUUCCUUGUAAAAUAAAUAUACAGUUACCUCAAAAGUUAAUAUAGUUAAUUGUUGGAUUA